GCAUGCCGGAAGCAUACGAUGUAGUGAUAUCGGGUAUUGCUGGACGAUUUCCAGAAUGUAACUCUACUGAAGAAUUUAAACAAAAAUUGUACAAUAACGCUGAUUUAUUGACUGUCGAUAACAGAAGAUGGUCUCCAGGAAUGUAUGGUGUUCCAUCAAGGACAGGAAAAUUAAAGGAUAUACACAAGUUCGACGCAGAAUUUUUUGGAAUUCAUUCAAAACUGGCAAAUGCCAUGGAUGUACAACUUAGGAUUUUACUUGAGGUUACACAUGAAGCAAUAGUCGAUGCAGGAGUUAACCCACAGGACAUUCGUGGAACAAGGACGGGAGUGUACGUUGGUAUGAUGACCAACGAAUCUUCAGAUUAUUUUGAACGUACACCCGAAAAAUUAACAGGAUAUGAAACUAUUGGUGUAAUAAGAUCUAUGUUAGCUAACAGACUCUCAUUUCAGUUCAAUUUUAAUGGUCCGAGUGUCGCCGUUGAUACUGCAUGUUCAAGUGCGCUAUUCUGCUUACACGAUGCCAUUACUGCAAUACAAACCGGUCAAUGCGAUGCAGCUAUUGUUGCAGGAACAAAUUUACUCUUAAAACCAGCCACUUCGGUCAUGUAUCAUCGAUAUAAUAUGCUUAGUCCUACUGGAACAAGCAGACCUUUUGAUAUUGGCGCUAAUGGUUACGUAAGAAGUGAAGCUAUUGUAGCUCUUUACAUAAGAAAAUCAUCAGAUGCCAAACGUAUAUACGCGACUAUUGUAGGAACGUCUACUAAUACCGACGGGUUUAAAAUCGAAGGCGCCACAUAUCCAUCGCAGCCAGUGCAAAGUAGGCUAAUCAGAGAUACUUACGCCAGUGCAAAUCUAAGUAUUAAUGAUGUCCAUUAUGUCGAAGCUCAUGGAACUGGGACGGGCGUUGGAGACAAACAAGAAUUAAACGCCAUUUCAGAUGUGUUUUGUGUUGACCGUAAAACUCCUUUGCUUAUUGGAUCAGUUAAGUCAAAUGCGGGUCACACAGAACCAGUAUCAGGUUUAGUAUCGAUAGCGAAGAUGCUUUUUGCACUGGAAACAGGAAUUAUUCCGGCUAAUAUCAAUUUUGAAACACUAAACCACAAUAUUCCAAAACUUGUUAGUGGAGAAUUGAAGGUUGUUGAUAAGCAAACUCCAUUACCAGGGAAUAUGGUUUCCAUUAAUUCAUUUGGUGUUGGAGGUACAAAUGUUCAUGUUAUUCUAAGAGCUAACGAGAAAAAAGCGCAAUCAUUAUCAUUUCCAACACUGGAAAUUCCGAGGAUGGUAUUUUUGUCAGGACGAACCAGAGAAGCAUUGAAUGAACAAUUUGAGACCCUAGAAAAUUAUGCAGAUAACAAUGAUCUUUUAUCUUUGAUUGAUGAUAUUUACAAAUCUCCGAUUCCCGGUUACAAGUUUUCUGGAUAUUCAAUUCUUGGGGAAACUCCUAGAAACGUUGAAAUAGCUCAAGGAAAUAUUUCCGGUGAUAAAAGGCCAAUCUACUUCAUUUUUCCAGGCAUGGGAAGUCAAUCGUUAGAUUUAGUCUCUGAUUUAGUGAAGUUUAAAGUUUUCAAACAAACUGUAGACGAUGCACAUUCAAUUUUAAUCUCAUAUAACUUUAGUGUUUAUGAUUUGUUUUAUAAAUCCGAUGAAAAUACGUUUAAGAGUAUAAAGAAUGUUAUGUUCACUGUUAUUAUUGUCCAGAUAGGUCUUGUUAAUAUUUUACGCUCACUUGGUAUCAACCCCGAUGGUAUCAUUGGUCAUUCAGUCGGUGAACUUGCAUGUGCAUAUGCAGAUGGUUGCUUCACUUUGAAAGAGGCAUUAAUGACAAUGUACUGGAGGUCUACAAUUUUGAAACAAAUUGACGUUCCCGCUGGAGCUAUGGUUGCAGUAGGACUAUCGUGGGAAGAGACACAAAAAAGACUUCCCGAAGGUGUAAUAGCUGCUUGUCAUAACAGUGUAGACAGUGUGACUAUUUCAGGAAUGAAAGAUAUAACUUUGAAGUUUGCUGAAACACUAAGACAAGAAGGCAUAUUUGCUAAGCCCGUAGACUCGAUGGGAUAUGCUUUCCAUUCGCCAUAUUUACCAGGGUUUAUAUCUUCGUUAAAACCAUACUAUGAAAAGGUGAUGGCUAAUCCUAAGCCAAGAUCCAGUCGCUGGAAGAGUACAACAUUUCCCGAACAUGAAUGGAAUACACCGGAAGCCCAGUACUCGUCAGCAGAUUACCAUUUACAUAAUAUAAGUUCACCAGUUCACUUUCAUAGUGCAAUGAAACACGUACCUGAAAAUGCUAUAACGAUUGAAAUUGCCCCUCACUGUUUGUUACAAGCAAUUUUGAAGCGAUCACUGCCCCCUACAGUUACAAAUGUUGGUUUGACCAAAAAAACUGUUUCGAAUCAUGUGAAUUUCUUGUUGGAAGCAAUUGGAAAGUUAUAUAUUGCCGGAGCAGAGCCGCAGUUACAAAAUUUGUAUGGCAAAGUUGAGUACCCAGUAGUUAGAUUUACUCCAAUGAUAUCUCCAAUGUUAAUGUGGGAUCAUUCAAACGACUAUAUAGUGCCCAAUUUUGUAGAAAAAAGUUCUGGAUCAGAUGAUAAUGAAGUCGAAAUUGAUAUAAAAAUUGAUCAAGAUAAAUAUUUAAUCGGUCAUACUGUUGAUGGACGUGUAUUAUAUCCAGCAGCAGGAUAUAUUACAUUAGUAUGGAAAGCUUUCGCAAAGUUGCAAGGAAAAUGGUUUGAAGAUGUUCCAGUAACUUUCCGAAAUAUAAAAUUUCUUAAGCCUACCGUCCUAAAUACUGAGGGCACAGUUAAGUUCAACAUAAACAUUUUUCAUGGAUCUGGCGAGUUUGAGCUAUUAGAAGGAGGGACCAUAACAGUUUCUGGUUGUGUAAAACUAUUAACCAAACAGUAUGCAGAAAAUCAAUUGGAACAUCUUACACCCAUUUCGGAACAAAUGGAUUUGAAAGCUGACGAUUUUUACAAGGAGUUGAGACUUCGUGGAUAUCAGUAUAAAGAUGAAUUUUUAGGUUUUAUAGAAGCAAACAGUGAAGGUUCAAAAG